UUCAAAUAAUGUAUGAUAAAAUUAAAUGGCGUUCUUUAGAUCGCUCUCGAGGUUAAGUAAUAUCGGGAUGCUAUCGCAAUAUGUUGAUAAGGUAGAGGAUCUAGGACGCCGGAACUUGCUUUUACGUGUGCAUAUCAAGCACCUAUAUUCUAUAUGGCAGCUCUGCAAAAACCGAGAGUCAUACAGUUUGGGUGUCAUAGCAACUAACCAUUUUUAUAAUUUUGGUCGUCAGCUAACUCCGGAAGGAGUCAAUAAGUUUUUCGUUUUUGCGUUGCGUUGCGGUGAACUCGACGAGUCAUUGAAGUUGGUGGGCGGUACGAAGGACUGGCUGCCGAAACCUCCAGAUACCGACUUGGCUCAUAUCCUCAUGAGUGCGUUUGUUAUCCGCAAAGACUAUAUGAACGUUAUUAACGUUUUUGAGCUUAUACGCAACAACUGGCAAAUGGGAUCAACGCAUAUUACAUAUAGGUUGUGCAUGGAAUCUUUACUUUGCACUGAGCAGAAUCCUUUAGAAGUUGCCCUAAUGACUUGUUGUGAUUCUGCUGUCAACGACACAUCACUACCGUUUGACGUCCAUUUGUUAUUGCUGCAAUAUUUAAACUGGAGUAUGGAAAAUGCUGCCAUGGCAAACUUUUAUGAAAAAAUCAAGACUAUCAUACUCCGUCGCGUCCAGCUGGAGUGUCAACAGGUUUCCCCUUUUGGGGAUUCACGAAUGCAAUUAACAGACAUGAGGUAACUGGAAACAUAUUAACAAUCUCAACAACAU